CUUUUCAUUCCUUGAAGAUAUUUUAAAUAGCUGAUUUAAAAUUUUUGUAGUGGGCUGAAUGGUGGCUUUGAUGAUAUAUUCAUGUCCUAAUCCUUGGAGCCUGCCUUACAUGGCAGAAGAGUAAUUUAUGGCAAAAUAUGUGAUUAAGUUAAGGAUCUUGAGAGGUGGCAGAUUAUCCUGGAUUACCUGGGUUGGCUCUAAAUGUAAUCACAUGCAUCCUUAUAAGAGAUAGGGAGAGGGAGUUUUGAGAUACACAAAAUAGGAGAAAGCGAUGUGAAGAUGGAGGCAGGGAUUGGAGUGAUAUAGCCUCAAGCCAAGGAGUGCUGGCAGUCAUCAGAAGGUGGAAGAGACAAGGAAAGGAAUCUUCCCUAGAGGCUCUGGAGGGAAUGUGGUGAUACCAGACCCUCAAUUUCAGGCUUCUGAGCUCCAGAACUAUAUGAGAACAAAUUUAUGUUGCUUAAACCCACCAAGUUCAUGAUUAUAUGGCAGCCAUAGGAGACUAAUCAAGUCUGUCCAGUGAGUCCAAUGGCUGGCCUUCCUCAGGGAUAGUUUCUGUAGGCUGCUUUUUUUCCCUGUUAAUGGCCAUAAAUUUUGUUUCUUUGCAUAUUUCAUAUCUUUGUUGUUGUUGUUGAAAAUUGCACAUUUAAUAUAAUAUUAUGUGGCAGGUCUGACUUUUGCUGAGUCCUGGGGAUGAUGCAUGUCAGCCCUGGAGUGCUGAUGUCAGCAUGGCUCCCAGCUGGGUGACUGGUUCUUACUUUCAGCCUUUGGGCUGCUUGCAUCUCUAACAAUGUGACCAGGACUCUGUCUAAGGCUUUGGUGGAUCUCGGUUCCAUCCAUCUGGAUCUCAGCUUGGACACCGUGCAAGGUUUCAUCCUUGCCCCAUCAGCCAGUCUGGUGAUUUUAUAUCGAGAUGUUGCUCUCCAUAGAGAUGCUCAUUCUGUCGGCCACACAAGUCUAUACCAUCUUGACUGUCCAGCUCUUUGCAUUCUUUUUUUUACCUAUGGUAGAAGCAGGCAUUUUAGCAUAUAAUUUUGAAAAUGCAUCUCAGACAUUUGAUGACCUCCCAGCAAGAUUUGGUAAUAGACUUCUAGCUGAAGGUUUAAAGGGUUUUUUGAUUAACUCGAAGCCAGAGAGUGCCUAUGAACCGCUAAUGCCUCCACCACUGAAAGACAAUUCAUCUGGCACUUUCAUUGUGUUAAUUAGAAGACUUGAUUGUAAUUUUGAUGUAAAGGUUUUAAAUUCACAGAGAACAGGUUACAAAGCAGCCAUAGCUCACAAUGUUGACUCUGAUGACCUCAUUAGCAUCGGAUCCAAUGACAUUGAUGUGCUAAAUAAAAUGGAUAUUCCAUCUGUCAUUAUUGGGGAAUUAUCAGCUAAUUCCCUGAAAGAUGAAUUCACAUAUGAAAAAAGGGGCCACAUUAUCUUAGUUCUAGAAUUUAGUCUUCCUCUGGAAUACUACCUAAUCCCCUUCUUUAUCAUAGUGGGCAUCUGUCUCAUCUUGUCAUUUUCAUGA